UCGUUCUCGCCUCGCCUCCUCCGGAACUGAAACCCGAGCACGAGGUGAGCCCAGUCUCGUUCCCGGGCUCGAAUCGAUUCGAAGGCGUCGCCUCCUCCGCGGCGGCGCCUCGGCUCGCCGCUUACCCACUCCCAGGCUCCCACCGACUCCUCCAUCCCCAGCAAACCCUAGCCCGCGGCCACCUCCGGCGUCGGCCUUCAUGGACAGGGAAGACGCGGAGGAGGGUUCGGCCCCGAAGCGCCACAAGCGUAGCCACCAUCGCCACCACCACGGCGGGAGUGACCCGGAGGACGCCGCAGGGGCGGAGGGGAGUGCCGGCGCGGCAUCGCUGGCGCCGGGGGAGGCGGGUGAGGGCGCGAUCGCGCUGGAAGAGGGCGCCGCCGCCGCCGCGGACGCGGGGAGGGCACUCGCACCUGCUCCGAAACCUGAUAUUAAUUCUGAUGCAAUCUUAGCGAGAUAUCCACAGUCACAAAGAGUGAAGGAAGAAAAUCACAAGGAUGCUGAUUUGAAUGAUUCGAAAUCAAGGGAGGAAACUGAAGAGAAAUUCGAACAACUGGUAUCAAAGCUAGGAGGGAAUGUUCCUGAAAAACACAAGGCUGAAGCAAGAAAGAGGGCAGAUGUUACUCUGAAGAAAUACAGCGAGAUACAGUUGCAGAAGCAACAACUGGAAAUUGUCCGCUGCAGUAAUAAUGAAGGGACAUCUGGUAACCAGAAAACGGUGGGUGUUUCGGGUCUUGGAGAGGGCAUUCCCAUGAGUGAAAGAUCAGAGGAUAUAUUUGCCAAUGAUAUUUUUGGAGAAUCACCUACUGGAGCUCAAGAACUGGGCAUGAAACGUGGCUUCCUCAUCAAGGAAAAUGCUCAUUGUGAUAAUUGGGACGAUCCAGGAGGAUAUUAUACUUACCGCUGUGGAGAGGUUCUACAUGGACGUUAUGAAAUCAUGGCAGGCCAUGGGAUGGGAGUUUUCUCUAAUGUUGUCCGGGCAAAGGAUCUUAAAGCUGGGAAAGAUGAUUCUAAUGAAGUAGCUAUCAAAAUUUUAAGGAACAUUCCUGUGAUAUACAAGGCUGGUAAGCAAGAAAUUUCUAUAUUGGAAAAGCUGGCUAGUGCCGAUCCUAAAGACAGGCGGCAUUGUGUGAGGUUUAUUUCUAGUUUCAUGUAUCGAAAUCAUCUCUGUUUGAUCUUUGAAUCUCUUCACAUGAACCUACGUGAGCUUCUAAAGAAAUUUGGUUCCGAUGUGGGGAUUAAGUUGACUGCUGUAAGGACGUACUCGAAGCAGCUUUUCAUCGCAUUGAAGCAUCUUAAGAGUUGCAAUGUUCUUCACUGUGAUAUCAAACCAGAUAAUGUGCUGGUAAAUGAGGCUAAAACUAAGCUGAAGCUGUGUGAUUUUGGUAGUGCUAUGUCUGCUGGAAUGAAUGAGACCACGCCUUAUCUUGUGAGCCGCUUCUACCGUGCACCUGAGAUUAUUCUUGGGUUGCCCUAUGAUCAUCCAUUGGAUAUGUGGUCAGUUGGCUGUUCCUUAUUUGAACUUUACAGUGGAAAAGUCUUGUUUCCUGGUAAAACGAAUAACGACAUGCUUCGGCUUCACAUGGAAUCGAAGGGUACCCUUCCUAAGAAGAUGCUUCGCAAGGGAACCUUCGCAAAGGAACACUUUGACCAGGAUUUUAACUACUUCGAUGAGAAGGAUCCGGUGACGAAAAUGACUGUGAAGAAACAUCCUGUUAUGAACAUCAAACGACAGGAUCUUAGUUCAUUUGUUUCAAGCUUACCUGGCGAGGACCCAAAAAUGCUAUCCAAAUUUAAUGAUAUCCUGAAAAGAAUAUUAGUGCUAGAUCCGGAAAAGAGGUUAAAGGUGGAACAGGCACUUAGCCAUCCAUUUGUAUCUGGCGAGUGAAAUUCAGUACAACUUAGAAACUAAAAUUUUGGCUUGAACUCGUUUAGACUUUAGACUGGUUUACAUUUCUGUCCUUUUCCUAUGCCACCGGAGCUUUAAGACCAUGAUAGCUGGAUGGGACAUGGAACGGAUGACCAGCUUGGAUAUUGUAACGCGCAAGCUUGGAUAGAUUUGUAAUAUAUCGUAAGACCGCUUGCUUGAACACGGUUUCUUUUCUUGUGCA